CUGAAACAAGUGGUUGGGGGCUUGAUGAAAGACGAGCACAUGCAGUCUGGCACCGGUAACCUCAGGGAAUGACACACUACCACAAAUUCCUGAUGGCUUUUUCUCCUCCUACCACCGAGAGGUAAUAAAAGGAAUCUGCAGAACCUCAAGAGGAUUGUUUACACUUGGAUGCUGUUGGGGAAAGACAUCCAGUCACUGAGUGAAGGAACAAUCCAAGGAGUGAUAAUUGUACUAACUUUAAAAUUCAGGCAAAUAGCUUCACUAUGAAAAUGCUGAAUUUGGACCUACUAGUUUUAAGUUUCUGCCUUGGUCUGGGGACAGGAUACUGCGCAGUGAGUAAGAGACAGUAUCAGAUCCAAAACGGACCAUGUAGCUACACCUUUCUGCUGCCAGAGCAGGAGAACUGCCAAACCCAGGGCGGCAACUACAACUUUCCAGUUCAAAAGGAUGGACCCGUGGACAAUGACAUGUCGGCUCAGAGGCUGGAACAACUGGAGAUCACCAUGGAGAACAACACACAGUGGCUGCUUAAGCUGGAGAACUACAUACAGGACAGCAUGAAGCAGGACAUGGUCCAAAUCCAACAGACCGCUGUCCACAACCACACAGCUACGAUGAUUGAAAUAGGAACAAACCUGCUGAGUCAAACUGCAGAGCAAACAAGGAAACUGACCAAUGUGGAGGCACAGGUAAUUCAUCACACAACUCGACUUGAGCGCAGACUUCUUGAAAAUUCUUUGUCAACCAACAAGUUGGAAAAACAACUAAUCGUCCAAACAAAUGAAAUCAACAAGCUGAAUGACAAAAACAGCUUUCUGGAGAAAAAGGUAGGGGAUAUGGAGGAGCAGAGGCAAGUGGAGCUGAAGAUGCUUAAAGAUGAAAAGGAGCAGCUUCAGACUCUAAUACUGAGACAGACGGCCAUCAUAGGCGAGUUGGAGCAGCAGCUCCUCAAAGUCUCCUCCAACAACACUGUUCUGCAGCAUCAGCAGCAGGAGCUGCUGGAAACCGUGAACAACCUCAUUCAGACCAUCUCUGCCGGCUCCGCUAAAGAGACCAAAACAGUCAUGAUGCAGGACACUCCAACCACAUUCAUGGACUGUGCUGCCGUCUUCAAGUCAGGAAACACCCAAAGUGGAGUCUACACUCUCACAUUACCCAACACUACAAUAGAGGUUAAGGCUUUCUGUGACAUGGAGACAGAAGGAGGUGGCUGGACAGUACUACAAAAACGCUUUGACGGCCAUGUUGACUUUCACCGUACGUGGCAAGAGUACAAAAAGGGGUUUGGAGAAGCUUCAGGUGAAUUCUGGUUAGGAAAUGAAUUUGUCUCCAGACUGACAAUUCAACAGUCCUACAAACUAAGGAUCCAGCUGAGUGACUGGGAAGGAAACUCUGGAUUCUCACAAUAUGACCAGUUUUCUCUUGACAGUGAAGCACAAAAUUACAGGAUACACCUUAAAGGCUUCAGUGGAACAGCAGGCAAAAUAAGCAGCAUUGGGCAGCCAGGAAAUGAUUUCAGUACAAAGGAUGCAGACAACGACAAAUGUGUUUGCAAAUGUUCACAACUGACAACAGGGGGUUGGUGGUUUGAUGCCUGCGGUCCGUCCAAUUUGAACGGGAUGUAUUACCCGCAAGGCCAAAACUCAAAUCGCUUCAAUGGAAUCAAAUGGUACUAUUGGAAAGGCUCGGGCUACUCACUGAAGUCCACCACAAUGAUGAUCAGACCGGCAGACUUCUCAGGUUCCCUUUGAACUGUCACUCUCAGAUUAAACAAAGUGGGAAGGAAAUUCUGCCUGACAAACAGCAACAAACAACAAAACCAAAAAUACAAAUUCUCAAGGGAGCCAAAGCACUUCAAUGAAUAUAUUUUUUGCAUACCUUUGGAAAGGCAUAUUGUGUUCAUGUGUUUAAUAAUUUGAAUCAAAUGGGUUUUUUGCAAAACACUGUGAAAUACGGACUGUCAAAAUGACAAAUAUCUAUACUGACAAUACUUAUGAAUGUGGUGUGUAUAGAUAACUAAAAGGUAUAGUAAUAACAUUGAGUAAUAACAGCUAGCUAACCAGAGAGGCCAGCCUACAAUGUGACGUUAAUUAAUUUAAUUUCUUAUUAAAUGAUUUUAAUUUAGUUUAAGCACAAUCUUAACUAUGUUUUGAAUCAUAGCUGCCCGUGUCAUUGUAGAAAAGAGACUAUGGUACAACAUGCAGAUAAACAACUGGCUCAAAGUGAUUGUUAUGUGUUCUGGAAAAUCUUCUGUUAAAUGCCUAAAAUGUAAAUGCAAAUGUAAAAAAAAUGCCACAGAAAAUAUUUCUCUUAAGAUGACGUUGUAUUUCUCCAGAGAAUGUAUGUACAUUUGUUAUUUAAUUUAUAUGUAGAUUUAAAGGUUUCUAUUUAACAAUAUUCUAUAUGAUGGAGAUUUGUUACAGAUCUUAAGUGCUAGUUCCAGGCUAGUUAAUGAUAAAAUUGCACAUAAAAUAAGAGAAAUCCUUUUAAUAUAAUUCUGCAGUACCUUCCCACACAAUGAUGAUAUUUUUGCAGUCUUUUGGGAAAUUAUUUCUUUUUAUUUAUGUAAUUUUUCUUUUGAAUCUACGAGAAGAAUUUAUGAGAAAGUGAGGAAGCUGACUUUCUCACCGGAAAACACUGGCUUUAGAUCUUUCAGAGUGACUGUAAUGCUCUACCAGCCAUUAUAUACCUGAAGUUGAAUAUUAAACACAACCAUGAGGCAGAUAACCAAAGACAUGAGCCUUGACUCUUCAGCCCUUUUCCACAAUAGUUCUGUUCUCCACUAUAACAAUGAACCGCCUGGUGAACGCACACAACGUUCACCACAACCUUUUCAGCAAUGUUUUAUCAUUUCUACUACAAAAUAAAAAUUCUACAUGC